AUGUCCAUCUUUUAUUUCGUAGUAGCCAAUAGUCACUGUCCACUAGCCGAGUACAGCAACGGUGGAGACAAGGGUAUGAACGAGUUUGCACAAAAGCUACUAAAGAAGCUCAACUUGGCCGAAAAUGCGGUCGAGUCCAUGGAUUUUGAAGGAAAAACGUACAGCUACCGCGUGGACAAUGAAAUAGCUUACAUUUGCGUCACUAACGCUGCAUUUGGCAAGAGCUCGGCAGCGUUGUUUCUUAAACACAUUAAUCAGCUCUUCGAUAAUCAGUUUGGCAUCCGAGGAAAGGCAACAAAACUAAAAUUGGAUAUGAAUCCAGACUUUGCACCUACAUUGAAAAAUCAAAUGGAAACGUUUUCAUCGAAUAAAGGAGCGGAGAAGCUGCAGGCUUUGAAGAACGACCUGGAUAAAGUCAAGAGCAACGUUCAGGAGAACAUUAAUAAAGUGCUGGAACGUGGUGAUAAAAUCGAAUUGCUUGUUGACAAGACGGAUCAACUCAACUCCCAGUCUGCAGCAUUUGCCAAGUCCAGUACAAAUCUCCGUCGCCACUUGUGGUGGGAAAAUGUCAAGAUAAAUAUUGCAAUUGGAGCAAUAGUUGUGCUGGUUUGUGUCCUCAUCUUCCUGUUUAUCAGAGGCAAGGUAUCAAGAUAG